UCACGGUCCAGCCGUUCUCUCGGCGAAGGAGAGGAGGCGUAGUGGCCGGGGACUCCUCACGCUGUUUGUGGGGCUCGCCAGGACGGUGGGCAGGCUGAGGUCGAUCAGGAUGGGCGUUUCGACCACCAUGGUGCGCUCCACUCGGUCGUCCCCGUGCCGCUGCUUGAUGUCUUUGAUGAAGGAGACCACGUCCUCAGACGCAUCCCACCCCGUCUCCGGCCAGCUGUGGUGCCAGUCGUUCAAUCCCAAUGGCCCGUCCCAGUUGUCGAGGUCUAAGUGAAUGUUGCCGACAUAGGUCAGGUUGAGACCCUCCAACUCCCCCAGCAUGCUUGGCCACAGGGUAUCGACGUCCACGUGCUGGAGCGUGGGAUGGCGGCUGCAGAAUGACGAGAAUGUCGCAUCCAGGUUGCGGCGGGGGAAGGUGAGUGGUCUCGCCGUGAGGAAGGUCAUCUUGGGGCACCACAACUCGAGGCUCUCGAAGAUCGAGAAGGCCGCCACGCUGUUGACGUUGAGGGCCUCCAGUCGUGGCAUUGCCUUGUCGUUCGACGGCCCCUCGCCCGGCCUGUCGACGGGCAGCCGGGCCGUCUCCUCGCCAGUCCGAUGCCGUUUGUCGAUCUUGUGCGUGACGUCCACGAUGAAGAGCUCCUUCAGCACGGCCGCACGAAGGCUCAGCCGACGCCGACAGAAUGCCGCCAGCUGCCGCAACACGUCCUUGGCGACCUUGUCCAUCUCUCUUGGCAGGAGGACGACAGCCUGGCUCACCAGAUCACGGUGGCCCUGCACCACGCUGCCAUGGUCUGGAUUGGCGAAGUUGACGAUGGUGAUGAAGGUGUAGAUGGCAUUGUAGAGGGCGUGGCAGAGAGCGGCCAUCCGCCAUGUAUCCUUCAUGGCGAGCAUGUCGAUGAGGUGCCAGAAGAGGCCCGGCACACAUGCGAGCCGUUGAAUGAGGAGGAAUGGGGACGGGCUGGGAGGGGCGGGAGGUGGCGGGGUGGGCUUCUGGCUCGUAAGCUGGCCAUCAACGACACCGCCAGCAUCUGAAAGAGCCACAAAUGAAUGCGUCAGUGAGACAAAUGCAUCAUGGACCACGAGCCCUUCUCUCCCGGCUCACCAUCAGCUGCGGUAUUGGUCUCCACUUGACUUUUCUCGAGUCUGCCGUUGAGCCCAUGCGAAGCUACACGCAACUCCACGCCCUGCCAAGAAAGCCAACGAUAACAAAUCAACAACAGAUGAUCGACUCACGAAGCAUGUGUGUCAAGUGUCAAGUACCUGUUGUGGAUGCUGCUGCAGGUAAUCAGCCAGGUGAUGAAAGGCCGACACGACGACAUCCAUCUCGUAUCCGCUACGAUGGCUGCUGAAGGCACCACUGACAUCGGACGGCACUCGCCCCAGGUCAAGUGCUUGUGCGAUGCUGUUGAGGUCGGGCGGGGAAUCGAAGGGACACACUGGCGGAGGGUGCGACCGUUUGCCGUGGUAGAAGGCGGCCAGCGCCUUGAGUGCAUCGACGUACGAGGAAACUGCAAACACGACACGAAUGACAGCACACGCGAGGAUGUUGCCAGAUGGGGCGCAUCCAUGUGUGGGUGCGGUGCGCACUUUGUUGAUUUGCGUCGUCCGUGGUGGUGAGGGCCUGACUGGCCGGCGUGAUGGUGUUGAUCAGAUCUGCCAGCGCCUUGCAGUUGAUGUCACGCCCGGUGAACACACUUGGACGUAUCUCACCGCACUGAUGAUAAGAAACAGGGAGCAGGAGUCGGUUACUUUGUGUCGUAUGUGAUGUAUUCAUCGCUCCCUCUUACCCGGUCGUGGAGAUGGCUGAAAUACGCCCUGGUGAUUGCAUCGAGCUUUUUGCCAACGCCCAUGUCUUGCGGACCACCAAUGGGUGAUGCUACGACCUUUGAGGUGGCCCACGCCCAGAUGAUGCAGAGGUCCCGAACGCACUGGCCGAUGUCAAACCUGCUCUGAUCCACACCGAGCGAACUCACCUGAGUGACAAACAGAGGCAAUGUUAUGGUCCUGGUGCUGCUGCCCUCAUACCGUGCUCACCUGUGCCUGUACGUGGUCGUAGAGGGCAUCUCGCAGCCGGUUGAUGUGGACUACUUCCAAGGCACCGCUGGCCUGACAAGAUGGAAAUCAGGAAGAACGGCAUCUUUUCUGCCUGCGUGAGUCUGUGUGCGUGUACAUUACAUGUGUUGUGUGUACCUGCUGCAGUGUCCGAAGAAUAUAUAUAUGUGCCGCUGUUGGUCUUACUGCGCGAGCCAGGCUGAGCAGCAUGGCGUCGCUGCCAACGCCACACGCCCAAUACACGCGACACACAUGCCUGGCCGCCACACACAAUAAGCCACGUCAAUUGCACCCUCACUCCGACGUUCUCGGUUGCUUACUGGUUGUUGUACUUCUGCUGUCGUCGUAAGAAUCUGACGAUGGCUGCGUUGAUGUCCUCAGGUGACGGACACGGCAGGAGCAGCACCACCAGGUCCGGACACCGACGCGCCAACGCGAGUGCGUAACUCCUGCACAUCGACAUGCACCCACAGGUCAGGUUUGCCGGCCAGGGAGAUCAUUGCGUGACGGGCUGGUUCUUCUCUUCUGUUCCGUACCUGACUCUACCUUCUACUUGUGCACGGCUGUCCGGCUGUUGGCUCGCCGGUUUCUCUGAAGAGGAAUGAAUCAAGGCAAGGAGAGCCAAGGUCGGCCGUGCAGUGCGGUGUGUUGUGUGCCUUCUUGCUUUGAUCUGUCACCAAAUGCGAGGAGAACGAACGACUUUGGCAGCACGGCAGCAACCAACCUGAUGUAAGCAAUGCGCAGCAUAAGGGCAGCCAUGCGAUGCGAUGCGAUGCGUGCAUAUUUGCAAAGGCGUGAUCAUCUCCCUCCCUCCCUCCCUGCCUACCUGUCGAUUCUGAUCUCCAUCUCUCCUAUGUGGCCACCCGAUGACCCAGCGCCACUCUGCAAAACGGCAAAGACAGCUGCAGAGGCCAGCUGCAUUGCCGUGGACACACAUGCGCUUGCCUGUGGCUGGGCCAUGUCUUCGAUAAUGUCCUUGACGUUCACUAUCAGCCCAUCUGCAGCCGAACGCAUUGAUCCAACCCUCUCAGCCAGUAGCUCUGCCACACACAACACAACACAACACAACACAACACAACACAGAGCACACGAUGCAGUCCAUCCACCCACCCAUCGACGAGAGGCGUUGGUAUGUGCCCACCGGUGCAGCCGGGGUAUUUGUCCAGCAGCCAGCUGUCGAGGCUCGCACGGCUGCACCUGGUCAUCAUCACGCCCAAGCUCAGCCACUUGGCAGCGAUGGAUGACGCCUUCACACCACAGAUGGCGCGCAACACAUGACGUGAACCGAACGGCCUGUGCAUUGGGCACACAGACAGACACAAAGACAGGUGUUCGAUCUCCUUUCGGUCCCUCUCGUGCCAGCCAUACUUACGUGUCUGAUUCGCUGCUGGGGAUGAGUGUGUGGUCAGGUGGGUGCGGCAGCAGCACCCUCAGGCCAUUGGCAACGCCGCCAUGCUCGAGAAACAACCUCUGCACUCACAUCACCGGCACAACAACAACAACAACAACAAUGGUGAGAUGGCUGAAGGUGCGGGUUCCUCUCUCUCUUACCACAAUUCUGAUCACAACCUCCUCGAGCGUCAUAUGCAGCCCGUCCAGUUGGGCGAAGUGCUCACAGGAGCCCGCGAUGCGCCUGAUCCACAGCCUGCCAUCGUGGAUGAGGCCGUCCCGAAAGUUCGAGCAAAACGCGUCGUCAUCAGACAGCAGCCACCGGAUGUGACCUGCGCAGCAAUAAAUGAAGCACAAGCAAGGCCAGAUCCACCGUGAGUGAGGUGUGUCUGAGGUGUGUGAGGUCGCAUCUUCCCAUGGAUCUCACCGAGCAGAUCUGGGGCUUUUCGAAGUUUUUCUGACACAGCGGGGCUGAUGAGAACCACAGGCAGCGCCAGGCGCUGCGAACCAUCCAUCGCCACAACCAGCG